AUGGCGGACCAAGCAGCCCGCAAUCCCCAGCGACCAAGCAAGGACGCCCGAACUGCGUUGUGGGAGGCGGUUGCAAGGGGCAGAGAGAGGAUGUCUCGUAUCCUGGUGCGGGCAGCUACACACCCUGGCGAGGGCCCCAAACUACAGCGCUACCUGUCCUUGGCCUUGUCACACUCAGGGCGCUUCGAAUCCACAAAGCCCAUCAAUACUUCAGCAACUGAUGUCAUUGUUGAAGAAUUGGAGUACAAGGCAGAUGAAGGAGCACGUGUGUGGGUGCCACUCAGAGUCAUUCGGCCCCCCUUGAAUUCCAACUGUGAUGUCUUCCCAGCUGUUGUCUUGCUGCAUCCGACAGGGUCCAGCAAAGAUGCGAUGAAGGAUUGGCAGAUGCAAUUUGCAAGUGCGGGAUAUCUGACAGCAGCAAUUGACUGUUGCUAUCAUGGAGACCGAUGCAUCACUGGUGAAGCAUCAAGGAGCUGUUACCAAGAUGCUUUGGCCAGGGCAUGGAGAACAGGAAUUGAGCGGCCAUUUCUGCUAGACAAUGUCUGGGAUUUGAUCCAUCUGCUGGAUUAUCUAGAGACGCGCCCAGAUGUUGACAGGUUGAAGAUUGGCAUGACAGGCUGCAUCUCCAGGCGUACUGAGUGA